AUGAAGCUGCUUUACCCAACAUCGCUCAAGCUCGACAUCCAGAGCCUCGAGGGCUUCUCGGUCGAUCUCCACUCCUACGAUGUCACAAAGAACAUCCCCGAAGAGCACGUCGACGCCGAGAUCCUCGUUACUUGGACAAAUACCGCUGAUAACCUUAAGGACGCCGCAAAGCGCCUCACAAAGCUUCAAUGGAUCCAGUCCCUAGCUGCGGGACCCAACGAUGUUCUCAACGCUGGCUUUGACGCCUCAAAGAUUAAAAUCACAACUGGUUCUGGUCUGCACGACCACACUGUCGCAGAGCAUGCGCUGGGUCUUCUCCUCAACGCCGCCCGUCGCUUCUACGAGAUGCGCGAUUACCAGCUCCAGGGCAAAUGGCCUGGUCAUCUCGGCGGGCCUCAGCCUGAUCGCCCUAAGGAUGCUUUCACCACCCUGCGGGAUGCUCGCGUUCUCAUCUGGGGCUUCGGCAACAUCGCAAAGACGCUCACCCCGCAGCUCAUCGGCCUCGGCGCCGAAGUUCGGGGCAUCGCGCGCAACAAGGGUGUCCGCAACGGAAUUGAAAUUUACAGCGAGGACGAUCUCGACAAGCUCCUCCCCGAAACCGAUGCCCUCGUCAUGAUUCUCCCCGGCGCCGAUUCCACAAAGCACGUCCUCAACGCCGAGCGCCUGAAGCAAUUGCCCAAGCACGCGUGGGUCGUCAAUGUGGGCCGCGGUACAACAGUGGAUGAGGACGCGCUGGUGAGUGCGUUGGAAAAGGGCGAGAUUGGCGGCGCUGCGCUGGACGUCUUCGAGACUGAGCCUCUUCCUGAGCUGAGCAAGCUAUGGAAGGCUCCUAAUACUAUCGUGUCGCCUCAUGCUGCUGGUGGACGACCUCAGGGUGCGGAGGGGCUUAUCGCUGAUAACCUAAGACGGUUUAGGGCGAAGCAGGAUUUGAAGAACGUCAUUUAA